AUGCUUCUUUUUAUGCAGAGAUCUAUGCCUUACCCAAACCUCCUUCGAUCUAUGAAAGUAUGUCGACUCUCUAUUUCACCACACCACAAGCCUCUUUGCAGUCUCUGCUCAUUCACUUUGUUGCCUUUUCUUGGUUUCCACUUGGGCUCUUCAGGGUCUCUGCUUGGCUUCUUUGUGAGAUCCCUGCUUUGCAGCCACUCUGUGGCCUCUGCAUGGUUUCUGCUUCGUGUCUUUGCAUCCUCUGCUUGGAUCUCUUUGUGGUCUCUUCAUGUCCUAUGUUCAGUCUUUUCAUGGCCUCUUUGUGAGCCCCCUGCUUGGUUUCUAUGUGCCCUGUUUGGGGGUUCCCUGCUCAGUCUCUUCACGGUCUCUGCUUGGUCUUUUCAUGGUCUCUACUUGACGUCUGUUUGGUCAAUUUGCAGCCUCUUUGUAGUCUCUGUUCCGUCUUUUCAUGGCCUCUUUGUGGGCUCUCUGCUUGGCUUCUUUGUACCCUCUUACUCAGUCUCUCUGCAGCCUCUGCUCAGCCUCUUUCUGGUCUCUGUUCAGUCUCUUCAUGGCCUCUUUGUGGGCUCUCUGCUUGGCUUCUUUGUACCCUCUUACUCAGUCUCUCUGCCGCCAACUGCUCAGCCUCUUUCUGGUUUCUGUUCAGUCUCUUCAUGGCCUCUUUGUGGGCUCUCUGCUUGGCUUCUUUGUACCCUCUUACUCAGUAUCACUGCAUCCUCUGCUCAGUCUCUUUGUGAUCUCUGUGACUCUCUCCUUUCUCUAAAGCAAGUCCUCAUUUUGUGUACAAAUGAUCAUGCUGCCCAUGAUAAAGCCAUUGACAGUUUGAUAAUCUAUUUGAAAAAGUUCCAGUGUCUUCCCAAGCGGGCAUCAAUCUUGAUGAAGGGGGAUGAGAAAAACGACCAAGAACGAAUCAAAUGGCAAAUCCAGCAAACAGAUAUUGUCCUCCUUGUGAAUUCAACUGGUCUGGGACGGCGCCAAGAAGCCUGGGCAAAUGGUUUAGAUUACAUGGAAUUUUGGAAAGAACCAGACUCCAGCCUCCUGUCACAGUCUCUCUUCUCAUUUAUAGACAAGAUGCAUAGAUCCGGUGUUACUGGCAACAAGUUCUUUAGUUGCAAACUUAAUCAUGCUUCCAACAGCUGUAUUUUCAAACACUACCCUUCGAAUAAUAUCUGUUAUUCUAUUGCCAAAAACUUCACUGAAAUCGUUCGUUCCAUCCACAACCUCAGCCUUGAUUACACCAUUGGAAAAGAAUUCAGCAUUCCACUCAAUGAUGAACACUCAACGCCUGAAGGGAAAGCUUUCCUGGAAGCGAUUGAUGAAGCUCUUAAAUUUGAAAGCAGUAACCCCAAGUGGUUUGAAGAGAAGUAUGGCUAUCCAAUUCCCAAUCGUCAGUUAUCGCCAACCUCAGAUUGCUUCCACAAUACCAAAAUUUCAUCCUUUGUGAUAAGCCAUCCAUAUCUGGAAACGUCGGUCAGCUACCCAGAUUAUCCCUGGUUUAAGACCGACGAUAAUGAUUCGGUCAUGUGCGACCAGUACCCAGUGUUUUGCCCUGAAGAUGUGAUCAACUAUCCCGGCUCAAACAAAAAAAAAAUUAACCCAAGGGCUUUUGUGCCCACUAACAAAGUUGAAGUACGGACCUCAGUUCAAACAUUAUGUCUAAUUACUUCUUUCAUAUCUGCAAAGGAACCCAACUCUCAACGCAGACAAAGUAUGAAGUGGUUCAUCUCAAUUUGUGUGUGUCUAUUUGCACUGCACUUAGCCAAAGCAGCCGAAGAGAAGAAAGAAGAGAAAAAAGUGAAAAGGUUACAAAUUGGUGUAAAAAAACGUGUUGAGCCUGAGAAAUGCAAAGUCAAGUCAAAGAAAGGGGACGUCCUGAAAAUGCACUAUACGGGCAAACUUGAAGACGGAACAGAAUUUGACAGCAGUCACUCUCGAAAUGAACCAUUUGAGUUUACUCUUGGAGCCGGUCAAGUAAUCAAGGGCUGGGACCAAGGUUUGUUGGGCAUGUGCGAAGGAGAAAAAAGGAAAUUGGUUAUCCCCCCAGAUAUGGGCUAUGGCUCAAGAGGAGCUCCUCCAAAGAUUCCAGGUGAAGCUGUUUUGAUAUUUGAAGUGGAACUCUUGAAAAUUGAGAGGAAAGAAGAACUUUAG